AUGGAGGCAGCCCCGGAAACCGUCACUUACACCGCCGGCGAUACUUCCACUCCACCUGACCUGCGAUUCUUGCACUUCAAUGACGUCUAUCAUGUCGAUGCCUCCUCUGCCGAACCAGUAGGCGGCGCCGCUCGCUUCCAGACCGUUUGCAACUACUACCGCAACCAUGAGCGCUUCUCAGGUCAACCCAAGCUGCUCACCCUUUUCUCUGGCGAUGCCUUCAAUCCCAGCCUUGAGAGCAGUAUCACCAAAGGCAGUCACAUGGUGCCCGUACUCAACCUACUUGGAACUGAUGUCUCUUGCGUGGGAAAUCACGAUCUUGACUUCGGAGUCAAACAAUUCCGCAGCCUCGCACAAAAAUGCGACUUCCCGUGGUUGCUGGCCAAUGUUCUUGAUCCACAGCAUGGUCCAGACGUACCGUUAGGCAAGGCACUCAAGACGGUUAUGCUGACAGCGAGCAACGGCAUCAAGAUCGGUGUCAUUGGCCUCGUUGAACGCGAGUGGCUUGACACGAUCAACUCACUGCCCCCGGACCUCGUCUACAAGUCAGUCUCGGCUACGGCGAAAGAGCUCGCACCUAAGCUCCGGGAAGACGGUGCAGAGAUCAUUAUCGCAUUAACGCACCAACGAGAACCGAAUGACAACAAACUCGCCGAAAAGACGCCGGAAGGCUUAGUGGACCUGGUCCUCGGAGGCCAUGACCACUAUUAUCAGCACUCUCUCAUCAACGGCACCCAUGUCUUGCGCUCCGGCAGUGACUUCAAGCAACUUAGCUACAUCGAGGCACGGCGGCGUCCUAGCGACGAUAAGAAAUGGGAUUUUCAUAUCGUGAGGCGCGACAUUGUGGCGGAUAUUCCUCCCGACGAUGAAAUGGCUCAAGUCGUCGAGAAACUGACAACAUCCUUGAAGGACAAAUUGGAGAAGCCCUUGGGAUAUACCGCUUCUCCCCUAGAUGCAAGAUUCACCACGGUUCGGUUGAAAGAGUCCAAUAUCGGCAACUUCGUUUGUGAUCUGAUGCGCGUCCACUACAAUGGCGAUUGCUGCCUCAUGGCAUCUGGCACGAUACGGGGAGACCAGAUAUACCCUCCAGGGGUCCUGAAACUGAAAGACAUUAUGAAUUGCUUUCCGUUCGAGGAUCCAACAAUCGUGAUACGAGUCACGGGAGCCGCUCUCCUCGCAGCACUGGAAAACUCAGUCUGCGCUUAUCCAGCUCUCGAAGGCCGUUUCCCUCAAGUGUCGGACAUUGAGUUCGAGUUCGACCCUUCCUUGCCCCCAAACCAUCGGAUCAAAUGGACCAAGAUUGGUGGUGAGCCCCUCGAUCUCGAACGCAAGUACGUCCUUGUCACACGUGGCUACAUGGGCCGAGGCAAAGAUGGCUUCGAUUCGUUGCUGGUGAAGUCCGAGGGCGGUGAGGCCGAAGAGAUUGUUUCUGAAGAGAAUGGCAUCUUGAUCAGCAUGAUGCUGCGACAGUACUUUAUGUCUCUGAAAACGAUCGGCAAAUGGAAGCACUGGGGGAAGAGUCUAAGUCGUCACUGGAACGCUAUACACGAGGACUUGCAUGAAACACAUCCAGUCGUGGAGCCCAACGUUAAUGCGGGCAGAUCGAAGCCGGAAACCACCAAGACAGAAACAACCACACCAUUGGACGACUCUGAAGAUGAAGCUGACCAUCUUGUGCCGGCUCACAGGGAUAAAUUGAGCCAGAGGGAAUCGCUCAUCGCGAGGAAGGUGACCCGGAAAUGGCGGCGACUUGCUGGUGUAAGGGACGAAGCAGCGUGUGUCGAUCCUAUGAAUGAAGGGGAAUUUCACAUCGACUGGACCCGGGUAAGUGCUACCAAAUGA